CAAGUAGCUAACCUCAUCCAAACGCCCGACGAGAACUCUUUCAACAUCCCUCAAAUCUCUCUCUCUCUCCCUCCCUCAACCUCAGAAAAUGGCAGCAGCUUGUAGCUCCCUCUCCACCAUUCUCUCCACCUCCAAAAUCCCUCUUUCUACCCUGAAAUUUUCUCUUAAACCCCAUCAAAAUUCCAGCUUUCAGCCCACCACAGCUCUUUCAAGAAGGGAAUUCUUGAAUGGAUCAUCGGUAGCUCUUCUGCCGCUGCUCAUUUCUCCUCCUCCGCCUUCACUGGCCAAGGAAGUUGAAGUGGGAUCAUACCUCCCGCCCUCGCCCACCGACCCCUCUUUCGUUCUCUUCACCGCCACUAGUAAAGACACCCCUGCUCUUCGGGCAGGGAAUGUACAGCCCUACAAGUUCAUCCUGCCCCCAACAUGGAAACAGAUGCGUGUAGCAAACAUACUGUCUGGAAAUUAUUGCCAACCUAAGUGUGCAGAGCCCUGGGUGGAGGUAAAGUUUGAAGAUGAAAAACAGGGAAAGAUUCAGGUUGUGGCAUCCCCUUUGAUACGACUGACAAACAAGCCUAAUGCAAAGAUCGAAGACAUUGGGAGCCCAGAGAAACUCAUCGCAUCUCUUGGGCCGUUUGUCACUGGAAAUACAUAUGACCCUGAUGAACUGGUUGAGACUUCGGUUGAGAAACGUGGCGAUCAAACUUACUAUAAAUAUGCUCUCGAGACUCCAUAUGCUCUGACGGGAUCACACAAUCUUGCCAAGGCAACGGCAAAAGGAAGCACUGUUGUUCUGUUUGUAGCCAGUGCCAAUGAUAAACAGUGGCAAUCAUCAGAGAAAGUUUUGCAGGCAAUACUUGAGUCCUUUGAAGUGUAAAUCUUUGACGAAGAAGAGAACUCAAAGCCACAUUGAAGUGUUCUUGAUUAUGAUGAUUUAAAGUUCAGAAAACCAAUAAGAUGUACUUUCCUUUGUGUAAAAAGAGCCUAUGUACUACUGAUUGCAGGCAAAAGUUUGAUCAAUUAUUGGUUUGUGAAGUUGCAAGGAUAACUUUUGAUGCUUACAAGUGAUGUUAUGUGAUUGUCUGGAUUAUCCACCUA